ACGGCUAAUAUAAUAAUAUUUGGGCUAAUAUUUACAAAUUAUAUGCUUAUAUGGGCUUAUUCUUGAGUUGUUUUAAUUCGGAAAAUAAUGAAACAUAUAUAGGCCGCAUAAAACGUCUCGUGGUAUCUUUAAUAAAUGUGACAAAAGUGGAUUUUUUCACGAUUUAGCUUGGUCCACCUCUCUUUCUGCCUGUGCUCAUUGGUUUAUCCCGUGUUUGACUUCGCCGUGCGAGUCCAUUGUAUGUUAUGUAGUUAGCUGCGAUGCUGUUUAUAACUAUAAUAUGCUGGGAAUACAGGAGAGUCACCCUGCUUUCCUUGGGGAUAAUGCGUCCAUAAUGAACCUGCAGAGCGAAGGGUGAAGCUACAAACCCCUGUGGAGAUGAAGAGGAGGUCUGCCUGAAUGCGGUGGGGUGGUUCACACACUAUUCAUCAGAGCACUAAAAGGCAUCCUGUCUAGCUUACAGAUAGGGCUCGUGUGCAUCAGCUCUGUGGUGGGAUGAAAGCUAGGUAAGAAAGUCACCCAGCUAGAUUAAUCAAUCUGUGAUGGCUUAAAGCCAACGUGGAGCUCAGUCAUGAAGUCAUGAAGAUGUGAACGCAGCUAGUCUGGUUUGAUACUUGGUAGGAUCUUGGAUCUGGGCCGGUUUGACUGGUCUGAUAGCUAGCUAUCAGGGUUGGUUAACUUGGGACCUUGUACUGUGAGUGGCUGUUAUGAAGCUUAGUGUCUUUAAUCUACUGUUAUUAGUGUCUGUUCUUUACUAGACAUUUAGUUAGGUUAGUUUAGCUAGAUUUGGUUCUGUUGGCAUCUAGGUAGAGAUGCAAGUCACACUAUAGCUAGUAUAUAUAAGCUAUAGCAUGUCCUAUGAGUCCUAUGUGGUGACACCUUGAUUAGUUAACUAAAUAAAGGCUUAUUAGCUCUUAGACUCUAUAGACAUCUCCAUCUAUCUUACAAUAGGAAGGUGCUGCUGCUGAAGCUGCACCUGUAUGAAGCUCCAUUGAAAGAUCGCAGGCAUGCUCAGACAGGCAGGCAACCAAUAGGCUGUCCCAACCAAGCUUUAUGAUAAAGUCAUUCAUUCAGUCACUCAGCCCAGUACUAGUGCAGCAGCAGAGUAGAGCAAAGAGCAAAGAGCUCUGCCAAGCUGUAACUGGAUCAUGGAUUUAAACGACAGCACUUCCCUGGCCGAACUGAUGGACCGAUACCAGUCCACUGAAACCGGAUUCGGCGUGCCAAAGGAUGGCUGGAGGAUCUGCCUGGCUCACGAGUUCAAGGAGAAAAGAAAACCAUUCCAGGCAAAAGAUGUGUCAGUCUCCAACAUCAUGAAACACGUUGCUCUAGGGGUUCGGUAUUUAAAAUGGUGGUACAAGAAAACACAAGUGGAAAAGAAAGCGCCCUUCAUCGACAUGUUUCGGGCCGUGCCUUUAAGGCAGAUUUAUGGUGCCCCUCUUGGUGGUAUUGGAGGAGGAACAAUCACACGAGGAUGGAAGGGGGAAUUUUGUCGUUGGCAGCUCAACCCAGGAAUGUACCACUACAAAACAGUCAUUGCUGACCAGUUUACAGUGUGUCUGCGUAAGGGGGGUCAGACAGUUUACCAGCAGGUGUUGUCCACUGAGCGUCCUCACACACUGCAGGGCUGGAACUGGGGAUUCUGUGGCGAAUAUGCAUUCUAUCACGCACUGUACCCUCGGGCCUGGACCGUCUACCAGCUGCCUGGCCAGAAUGUCACGCUAACCUGCAGGCAGGUGUCACCUGUCAUUCCUCAUGACUACAAGGACUCCAGUCUUCCUGUAGCUGUGUUUGUGUGGGAUAUAGAGAACAAGAAUGACUAUGCACUGGACGUCUCCAUCAUGUUCACCAUGGUUAACGGUUCAGGCCAAAAGGACGAUAAGAGCGGGGGUCACUGGAACGAACCAUUCCACUUGGAAAAGGAGAGCGAGACUGUCUCUGGGGUUUUGCUCCACCACUGUACAACUGUGAACCCGUACACCCUGUGUAUGGCAGCAAGAAAACAGUCUGACAGAGAGAUCAGCCAUCAGACUGCCUUUAGUCCAGAAGGCACCUGCAGUGCUCUAUGGAGUGACCUCAUUAAUGAUGGGCGAUUGGACUCGCCAGCGGGUUCCAGCCCCCCCACACAGAAAGGAGAAAGGGUGGCAGCAGCACUUGCUGUGGGUUGCCCUGUGCCUGCUCAUGGACACAAUAGUAUAGAGUUCAGUCUGGCCUGGGACAUGCCAAAAAUGACUUUUGGCUCAAGAGAGAAGGAACACAUCAGGCGGUACACCCGUUACUAUGGCACCAAUGGGGAUGCAGGCCCAACACUUUCUCACUAUGCACUCACACACUACAAAGACUGGGAGAAAAGCAUUGAGGAAUGGCAGAGACCCGUUUUGGAAGACAGUUCUCUUCCUUCCUGGUACAAAUCAGCUAUAUUUAACGAACUGUACUUUGUCGCGGAUGGUGGGACUGUGUGGGUGGAGAUUCCUGAAGACUGUGAUAUCAGUGGGGGGCUUCGCUCAGAGGAAGGAGGUCUUCCAGCCCAGCCUCCUAUCGUGAAGGAGUAUGGCCGCUUUGCUUAUUUAGAGGGUCAGGAGUACAGAAUGUAUAACACAUACGAUGUACACUUCUAUGCCUCUUUUGCACUCAUCAUGCUCUGGCCCAAACUGGCUUUGAGUCUGCAGUAUGACUUAGCUGGUAGUGUGGUACAGCAAGACCCCACGCCAAGAACGAACCUAAUGACUGGCCAAUGCACAGCAGUCAAGACCCGGAAUGUAGUACCUCAUGACAUUGGAGAUCCAGAUGAUGAGCCCUGGCUGCGGGUCAAUGCUUACCUGAUUCAUGACACAGCUGACUGGAAAGACCUGAAUUUGAAGUUUGUUCUACAGGUUUACCGAGACUACCACCUAACUCAAGAUUCACAGUAUCUGCAAGAUAUGUGGCCCAUCUGCCAGGCAGUUAUGGAGACUGAAAUGAAGUUUGAUAAGGACGGAGAUGGACUGAUUGAGAACUCUGGCUAUGCUGACCAGACUUACGAUGGAUGGCCUGUGACAGGACCCAGUGCCUACUGCGGGGGCCUGUGGAUAGCAUCAGUGUGUGUAAUGUGCAAAAUGGCACAGAUUCUGAAGAAUGAUUCUGUGUAUGAACGCUACCACAGUAUCUUGGAGCGGGGAAGUGCAGCCUUUGAUAAGCUACUAUGGAACGGUAAGUACUAUAACUACGAUAGCAGUGGGCAAAGCCUGUCAAACAGCGUCAUGUCUGACCAGUGUGCAGGUCACUGGUUCCUGAGAGCAUCUGGACUGGGAAACGAUGAGUUCCAGGCUUUUCCUAAGGAGAAGAUCCGCAGUGCUCUUAAGUCUGUGUUUGAUCUGAACGUGAUGAGCUUUGGUAAGGGGCAGUUGGGAGCUGUAAAUGGAAUGAGGCCAGAAGGUGUGCCUGAUCACUCUAGUGUUCAAUCAGAUGAAGUCUGGGUUGGUGUAGUCUAUGGAUUGGCAGCUACUAUGAUUCAUGAGGGCAUGCUGGAGGAGGGCCUGCACACUGCUGAAGGCUGUUACCGGACAGUGUGGGAACGGGCCGGAAUGGCUUUUCAGACUCCUGAGGCUUACUGUGAAAAAGGAAUCUAUCGCUCUCUGGCCUACAUGAGACCUCUUAGCAUCUGGGCCAUGCAGCUGGCCCUGGACAAUCGGCCAAAACUGGCCAAAGACACAGACGCACCUCAAACAUCCUUGGCGACAGAAUCAGACAAUGAACUUAUUAAAAAGAACUGCCAUUAGUUUUUAAUUUGUGUUUUUCUUCCCAAACACUUCCUACCUUUUACACAAAUUGAAAUAUAAAUCACAACUGAUGUUUACUCUGAACAUGCAUGCGUCUACCAAUGUAGCACUUUUGUGUGUGGUUUUGUGAAGGUGGGUGCUUCUAUUUGCAAUACCAGAAACACUGGAAGACAAAAAAAAUAAUCAAUACGCAGAGUGUUCUCCUGAGACAGUAGGUAAACUGAGCAAGGAUUUGGUAAUGCACUGAAACUACAGUAAGUGCAUGCAGGUUUUUUUAGCUAUAUUGUAAGACUUUUUGAAUGAGAUUUAAUGGUUAGUGACCUUAAAAUAACUUUAUUCUGUUUUUUUUUUAUUUUCCUGUGUAACAUAGAACCUAUCCAAGGCUUUGACAAUUCAGUACUGUAUAUGUAUCAUAAAUAUAUAGAUUUAAAUAAAUGAAUUGUACAACUGAAA